UUUUUCUAGCGAUUUGCAGUACGGUUGUAAAUAGUGACUUUCUGGAAGGAUUUUUUUAAAAGCUAUACAUUUUUAACCUAAAGUUUUGCUUCCUUUUCUCCUUAUCUUUUUAACAUGAAGCUUCUUUAUUGCAUUCUCUGCUUAUUUAUCAUUUCUGUUUAUGCUCAAGACGGUGAUUCUUUCCAAAUACUUUUCUAUCAAAAACCAAAUUACAAAGUGGACGCUGGCAUAAUUAGUGGCAGUGUAGCGGUCGGUGGGGGUGCUGGUGCAAAGAGUGGUAAUAUGUCUGUUGGAUCUUUCAAGACUGAAUCGUUUUUGCAGGUUACCUUAUACACCGAAAAGUAUUACCAGGGACAAACCUAUGUUUAUAAGGGCUCGCAAAAGAAAAUAUCUCCUGCUGUCCAUGUUGGAAGUGUUAAAUGGAAACACCUAUAAUCAAAAAUGGCGUGUAAUCAUAUUUCG